AUGGACUGGUUGACUUCACUAUCACCUGAUUCCAGCGAUAACGAGCCAUCUUCCGAGGAUAAAAGCAAUCUCAAGGAAGAACCGCCUUCAAAAUUAUUUGCUAAAGCUGUUGAAAAGGAUGAAUCGUAUUCCGGAAGAGUCCCAUUAACAGCACCUGAUUCCACACUAAAAUCUCCAAAAAAUGAGCCAAAAGCUACAUUGUAUCGCAAUAAAAACUUGUUAAGUACUGCUGAUUCUGAAAGUAGUACUGAUAACUCUACUGUUGAUGAAAAUAUAUCCGAGGAUCGUUCUGUUGAUUAUAGUAAGCAAAGCCUUUUCUCCCUAGUUGAUUCCACCAGGAAAAUUAAUAAAUUCAAUAAAAUUACUAUUAAAUCUCAAGAAUUAACGGAAUCAGAUAUUCAACAACUCACUCAAACCACCAGUAGUAAGGGAUCAACUUCUAGCAUACAGGGGUUAGCGAAAUCUUCAGAUCAAUCAUCACACACUCUACCCUCUGAGUACGUUGAAAAGGUUGAUUUUAAUGAGGCCCUCGAGUCGUUCAAUAAAUCAAACUUGAACAUGGACAAACUGACCAAUAAAUGGAUUGACUCCAAAAUGAAAAUAAAGGAAGUAAAAGCUGAUGAUUUAUUGGCAGGGGCGGACCGGGAAAGGUUAACAAAAAAUCCUAUCACCACCGAUGAUAAAAAGAAGUUUACGUUGGCGACUAAAUUAAUGGAAAGUGAUGAUGGACAAGUGAUUACGACAAACGUGGCGAGGAGGACUCAGAAAAGGAAACACCAGAUCAACUGGUUGGCUAUGGAAGCACAAGACAAAGAAGCGGAAAUUCUGGAAAGAACAGCCCAUAUGAGAAAGAGUAAACGCGAAACACAAAUGAAGUAUGGUUGGUAG